AUGGACAAACCAACAACCAUCCAUUCCAUUCUUCAAAACUGGUCCCUCCCCCUCACCACUCCCAACGCCAUUCUCCCCUCCCACCUCGUCGCCAGUCUACCCCCCACACACCUCCCACUGCGUCUGCUCUCCGCCAUCCACACCCUCUCCACCCUGACCAUUGGCCAGCGCGAGCGCGCCCACAACCUGCUAACUACGUAUUUCCAAGCGCGGAUACGAGAGGCGAGUUACAGCGGGCGCCAUGACUCUAUUCCAGCCAUGCUGCAAGUCGAAGAUGUAGAAAAGGCAUGUGAGAGUGCGCGGAGAAUGAGCGUAGCCAGCUUGGGUACUGCAAUGGAGCCGAGCAAAGGGGUUGUAUGUCACGCAACAGAAGAAGAGAAAGAAGAUAUACCGGGUCUACAUGUCGCAUUCACAGAGCGAAAAUCUAUCUUCGAUACCAGUGAUGAUGGCGAUGCUUGUGAAAAUGGCGCGAAUGGGAAUGUCUACAUGCGAACAACACAAGACCCCAUGUCGACUGCUCAUACCGUCUCACUUCCAUUGACGCCGCGAACAAGCAAACGCCGCAUCCAUCUUCCGUGCAUCCAGACUUCAUCGCCUUUGUGCACGCAACUGGCCCCGAGCAGCUUCACGCCUCUGUUUCAAAGCCUGAACUGCGAGUUUAGCAAUCCCGCGGGCGAUGUGACUGCACUGCUCGACAUGGGCCCGAAUCCAGCGUCCCAGCUGUAUCAAUCGCCGUACUAUCUUUCCGGAACGAGCUUCUGUGAUGAACAGCAAGAUACACAGGUUGAUCUAGCAAGUCUCGAGGAAACCAACCUGCAUGAGGACACACACGGUACUCAGGAGGAAGCAGAAGCAGAAGUUAAGCAGGAAGAGGAAGAGCAGCAGAAUCUCCGUGCUGCACAACGCGCAACACAUGAAUAUAAUCUCAGGCGACUGGAUCUGCGUGUGAAGAAGAGAGAGUAUGCGAGUGCGAGGUUGAGGUGUGAGGAUGCAAGACGGAGGAUGCUUAGUUUGAGAAGUAGUGCUGCUACUACUACGACUACAUAUGACAAUCCAAGCAUGUAA